GAGACACACAAUCCUCUCUAGCAACUGCGCACGUUGCCAUGCGUGUCUCCUCUCUUUUCUAAAGAAACAACUUCAGCGCGAGCUCCCGAGUGUGACUUUGACACGCUCCGGGUACGAGCAGCAGCAUGGAAAAUACACCCCAAAACAAACUCCACUCUUAGAAGACAGUAAAUAACUUCUGGGCGAUCAGUCAUGGAUGGUUCUACGAAUAGCCUAGAUGACGUGUCCGGGAGCAGCGCUGAGUACCCAGACCGUGUGUCCAUGAUGGAGGGGCGUCUGCAGGCACAGGAAGAUGAGAUCAUGCUGCUGAAGUCAUCACUCGCCGAUGCGCUACGCAGGCUCCGCCUCCACGACCAGUUGAUCCCCCUGCUUAAACAGCAGAUCAUCGCAGUAAACCCUGCAGCCUCCCGUGUCCUGAACCAGGUUUACUGCUCUGACGGUUUCUCCAGUUCCCGUAAACUGUCCUCCAGCUCAGCCCUGGACAGCCCCCGCCACCCUGCCACCAGCCAAGUACUAAACAGCACUGAAGAUGAGAAUGGCUCUAAUGGGGACUCUACAUCCCCUGGCCUCAUACAUAAGACCCCAACGUAUGAUCGGGCUACCCAGACAGACCUCACUCCUCUGGUGCAGGACCAGGAGCUCGACAGGGUCCCCCUGGCUCUCACCAGGCCCGUCCAGAGCCUCUCCCUGGAGGAUGCCCUCCCCGAGGGGAUGUCUCUGACGGAGGAGGCUCGGGCCAAAUUCCACCACAUCCAGGGACUAGAACUGGAGGAGAAGGACCAGGAAGGGGAGGAGAAGGACCUGAGUUGGGCGUCUUCCGUAGAGGAUGCCAUCCACCCCACCGCCAUCAGGAACCUCCAAGGAGAUGACCACCAGGACCCAAAUGGCUCCACGGAGAGCUUGAGCUCAGCCUCCCAGACCCCAAUCUCAGGGUCCCCAGCCCCCCCUAAGGACCUGUCCGCCAGCCCCCGGAGCGGACCUCUCUCCACCAUCCUGGAGGGCAAGAAGAAACCCCUAGCUCGCAGGAACAGUGAGAAACUGGUGAAGGACCCCCAGGAGAAGACAAAGAAGCUGCUGGACAAAAAGGCGGCAUCCUCGGCCAACCUACUCAACAGAUCCCCCAGUCUGGAGAGCCGGACCAAGGAUCUUAUCGCCAGAGCAGGAUCUCCCGGGUCCAGACGAGGAACCCAAGGUCAAUCAAUCAAGAUGUUCAUCCGUGGUCGACCAAUCACCAUGUAUGUCCCCUCCAACAUCCAGAACUACGAGGACCUGAGGAUGGAGCCACCUGUAGAGAAACUGGAACUCGAUUGGGUUUACGGUUACCGAGGACGGGACUGCCGGGCCAACCUGUACCUGCUGUCGUCGGGUGAGGCGGUGUACUUCAUCGCCUGUGUGGUGGUGUUGUACCACAUCAACAACCGCACACAGCGCCACUACCGCAAACACACAGACUGUGUCCGCUGUCUGACCAUCCACCCAGACAAGGUACGGGUGGCAUCAGGACAGACGGCGGGGGUGGACAAGGAUGGAAAGCCCCUGCAGCCUUAUGUCCAUAUCUGGGAUUCCUCCACACUGAUCACCCUACAACAGAUAGGACUGGGCACCUUUGAGAGAGGUGUAGGGUCUGUGGCUUUCUCCUUUGCAGACGCUGGAGCCUUCCUCUGUGUGAUUGAUGACUCCAAUGAACACAUGCUGUCUGUGUGGGACUGUGCCAAAGGAACCAAGCACACAGAGGUUAAGAGCACCAACGAGGCAGUGUUUGCAGUGGAGUUCAACCCCAGCGACAGCACCAACAUCAUCACUUGUGGAAAGUCUCACAUCUAUUUCUGGACCCUGAGUGCAGGCUCACUCACCAAGAAACAGGGUAUCUUUGGGAAAUACAAGAAGCCCAAGUUCAUCCAGUGCUUUGUGUUCAGCCUGACGGGAGACGUGCUGACUGGGGACUCGGAGGGGAACAUCCUGACAUGGGGCAAAUCACCCGGCGACGUCAAGACACUGGGGAAAGGGGCCAAAGAGACGUUCCAGAUCAUGCGUCAGACACGGGCCCAUGACGGCAGUGUGUUUACACUGUGUAUGCUGCAGGGGGGCGCUCUCCUCAGCGGCGGGGGCAAAGACCGUAAGAUCAUCCGCUGGAGCGCAGACCUGGCGCCCGAGCGAGAGUGUGAGGUGAAAGAUGCGUGUAUUCCAGAAAAGUUUGGUGCGGUCCGUUGCAUCACAGAUGUAAACGGGGAAGAGGUGUUGGUUGGUACCACCCGAAAUGCCAUCCUGAGGGGCACUUUCUCUGACGGCUUUGUGGCCAUAGUGCAGGGUCAUGUGGAUGAGAUGUGGGGUUUGGCUACUCACCCCUCUCAGGAUGUCUUCCUCACCUGUGGACAUGACCGACAGGUGUGCGUGUGGAACACAGCAGAGCACAAACUGGACUGGUGCACCACACUGGAGGAGUAUGGGCUGUGUGCAGACUUCUGUCCUAAUGGGGCCGUGGUGUCUGUUGGGCUCAGCACAGGCAGAUGGCUGGUUCUUGACCUGCAGACCAAAGAGGUGAUCUCAGACUACACCGACGGGAAUGAACAGCUGUCUGUCAUGAGAUAUUCACCAGACGGUAGCUUUUUGGCCGUGGGUUCCCAUGACAACUUCAUCUACGUCUACAACGUCACCGAGUGUGGACGGCGCUACUCCCGCUACGGAAAGUGCAAUGGUCACUCCAGCUUCAUCACUCACCUUGAUUGGUCCAAAGAUGGGAAGUACAUUAUGUCCAAUUCGGGCGACUACGAAAUCCUUUACUGGGACAUUGCUGGAGGGUGCAAACUGUUGAGGAACCGCUAUGAGAGCAAAGACCGAGAAUGGGCAUCCUACACCUGCGUACUGGGCUUCCACGUCAUGGGUGUGUGGUUAGAAGGUUCAGACGGUACAGACAUCAACGCCCUCUGUCGCUCCCACAGUGAGAGGGUGGUAGCAGUGGCUGACGACUUCUGUAAAGUCCACCUCUUCCAGUAUCCCUGCCCAAAACCCAAGGCCCCAAACCACAGUUAUGAGGGCCACGGCAGUCAUGUGACCAAUGUGCGCUUCACCCACUGUGACAGUCACUUGCUCUCUAUGGGUGGCAAGGACACGUGUAUCCUCCAGUGGGAGGUCAAGAGAGCAGGAACAUCGGAUGGUGGAGACCGCCUACACUCUGCAUCCUUCACCAGUUCCCCAGAACCUUAAAGGAGGGAAAGAGACAUUAAGAGUAAAUCUAAUCACAUUUUAUUGGUCACAUGCACCUUACCGUAAAAAGCUUACAUACAUGUCCUUAACCAGUUCUAACAAAAUAGUUAAGAAAAUAUUUACUAAAUAAACUAAAGUAAUUUUUUUUUUUUUUUUUAAAGCAACACAAUAAAAUAACAAUAACGAGGCUAUAUACAUGGUAAGACAAUGUCAAUGGGCAGGGGUACAGCUCAUGUAGGUAGGGGUAAAGACAGAGUGAUAGAGAGGCAGAAGGGAGAGACAUUUUUACAAAGUGGGGAGUAAUGUAGACUGGGAGGGAACUGGCUGGCCCUUAUAUAUACGUACAAAAGUUGUAAGGUCAGCCAAGGACCUGUGGCGUAUUGUUUAUAUUGGAUUCUUACAGUACAGAAGGCUUUGGAUUCCAUAGGAUUCUCUUUUCAAGCAUGAUAUUAGCCCCACAUGAUGAAAUGGAAACGUUAGUACAUCUGGGCAGAAUCUACUUCUCAAAUUAAGUGAAAUUCAUAAUCUGACGUUUGAAAAAGGUCAAGCUUUCAAAUCAACUGCCUGUUUGACUGCCAUCAUCAACUGACGACAAAGGGAUCAAUUGUUGAGAACAUUCCAAAAUAUCCCAUUUCGUUUACAUGUUUGUUUACCAUACAAGCGUACCGUAGUGGUGUUUUAUGGUUAUCGUCUUGUCAGAAAAGUAAUAUCAUACAUAUUUUGCUUGAUUGCUAUCUAGGAAUAUUUACCUUUUUUUUGUGCUUCAAACUUUUGCAUUUUGCUAGACUGUGACAAUCUUUCAAGUACAUUUAUUCAUUAGUUUCAACUGCAAUAUCUCCUGUAUUAGACAAAUUCAUUCAUGUUUACCUUAUUGUAGUACACUUUUGGAUUUGCUAUCUUCUGUGUUUAUUUAAAAGUACUUUUGAAUGUGUCAUCGUUUGCUAUGUCUGUAGAUAUUUAUAUCAAUAAACAAUUACAAAAACGA